UGUGCGUGAAGGCGGGCGCGCGCCGCGACGGCGGCGGCGGGGAAGGCGGCGACCGCGGCGGCCGAGGGGGUGGUGGCCACGGGGCACGGUCGCUGCAGGCGGAGGAGACGUGUGUGGCGGCGGCUAGGUCGCUGAGGAACAUCGUCGGGGUCAGUGACUAUCAUCUGUUCCACACGAUGAGUAACAGCCACCCUCUUCGCCCCUUUACUGCAGUGGGGGAAAUCGACCAUGUGCACAUUCUGUCUGAGCACAUUGGUGCCCUGUUGAUUGGUGAAGAAUAUGGUGAUGUCACAUUUGUUGUGGAAAAGAAGCGGUUUCCUGCCCACAGGGUAAUUUUAGCAGCUAGGUGCCAAUAUUUUCGAGCAUUACUGUAUGGUGGGAUGCGAGAGUCUCAGCCUGAAGCCGAAAUCCCUCUCCUGGACACCACUGCAGAAGCAUUCACAAUGUUGCUCAAAUACAUCUACACUGGGCGGGCGACACUGACAGAUGAGAAGGAGGAGGUGCUGCUGGAUUUUUUGAGCCUGGCUCAUAAAUAUGGAUUUCCAGAGCUAGAGGAUUCUACCUCUGAGUAUCUCUGCACCAUCCUUAACAUCCAGAACGUCUGUAUGACUUUUGAUGUUGCCAGUCUCUACUCACUGCCCAAGUUAACUUGUAUGUGCUGCAUGUUCAUGGACAGAAAUGCUCAGGAGGUGCUUGCCAGUGAAGGCUUCCUCUCCCUUUCCAAGACGGCACUUCUGAACAUUGUUUUAAGAGAUUCGUUUGCUGCUCCUGAGAAAGAUAUUUUCUUAGCCUUGCUAAACUGGUGUAAGCACAAUGCAAAGGAGAACCAUGCUGAAAUCAUGCAGGCUGUGCGUUUACCUCUGAUGAGCCUCACUGAGCUUCUGAAUGUCGUGAGACCUUCAGGGUUGUUGUCUCCAGACGCUAUUCUAGAUGCCAUUAAAGUGCGUUCAGAGAGCCGGGAUAUGGACCUCAACUACAGAGGCAUGCUCAUACCAGAAGAAAACAUCGCAACUAUGAAGUAUGGAGCCCAGGUUGUGAAAGGAGAGCUGAAGUCAGCCUUGUUGGAUGGUGACACUCAAAAUUACGACUUGGAUCAUGGAUUUUCCAGGCAUCCCAUCGAUGAUGACUGCCGCUCUGGCAUUGAGAUCAAGCUCGGCCAGCCAUCCAUUAUCAACCACAUACGCCUCCUCCUGUGGGACCGUGACAGCCGGUCUUAUUCCUACUUUAUUGAAGUGUCCAUGGAUGAACUUGACUGGAUCAGAGUCAUAGAUCACUCACAUUACCUGUGUCGGUCUUGGCAGAAGUUGUAUUUCCCAGCUCGCGUCUGCAGGUAUAUCCGAAUAGUUGGGACUCACAACACAGUGAACAAGAUUUUCCACAUCGUGGCUUUUGAAUGUAUGUUUACAAACAAAACCUUCACUCUGGAAAAGGGCCUAAUAGUUCCCAUGGAGAAUGUUGCAACGAUUGCUGAUUGUGCCAGUGUGAUUGAAGGAGUCAGUCGGAGCCGAAAUGCCUUGCUCAACGGGGACACUAAGAAUUAUGACUGGGAUUCUGGCUACACGUGUCAUCAGCUGGGAAGUGGUGCAAUUGUGGUUCAGCUGGCACAGCCAUACAUGAUUGGGUCAAUACGGUUAUUACUCUGGGAUUGUGAUGAUCGAAGCUACAGUUACUACGUUGAGGUUUCCACCAAUCAGCAGCAGUGGACCAUGGUGGCUGACAGAACAAAAGUGUCCUGCAAGUCCUGGCAAUCAGUCACUUUUGAAAGACAGCCUGCCUCCUUCAUCCGAAUUGUUGGAACACACAACACAGCAAAUGAGGUGUUCCACUGUGUCCACUUUGAGUGUCCGGAGCAGCAGAGCAACCAGAAAGAAGAGAGCAGUGAGGAACUGGGGACAGGGGACCCCAACAACCCCAGUCAGCAGCUCGACCCUCAUGCACUGCGCGCACCCAGCGCCAGCUCACUGCCCCCGAGUCCGGGCCCCAACUCGCGCUCACCCAAUCAACAGCACCAAUAAAGAAGGCAGAGGACGCGGUGUGACUUGGGUGGGGCAGGAGUGUGCCCUCCCAGGCGGGCCCUGUGUGCACCACCCUCCCCCAUCUCUGGGAGGAGCAGACCUGGCUGCAAAAGCCACCCCAACCAGGCUUUUCCCCCAGGGGACAGAAGGGCAUCCAUGUUCUCCCCACUCUUGAGGCAGUCUCCAGGGGGAGGAAGUGGGUCUUGAUUCUCCAAGUUCACCGUCAGUUCCUACCUCUAAUGUUACCAAGGUACCAGUGCAGAAGGAAUCCAGAGACAAGCCCAGCUCAGUACGAGAAGGAACCCUAGGCCUUGACAACCAGAAAAGGGCCCAGGCCCAAGUGUCCCCACUGCCUCUGCAUUGCUACUUGGCGGUUUACAGCCAUGUCGUUUGUCCUCAGCUGCUGCAUCAUGGCUGCUGCAGCCUUGUGGAACUGCUCUAGCCCUCUGCAGCUGCAAGGGUCUUCCUCAGUCCCCAGUGCCUGCAGGCAGGCAGAGCAGAAGCUGCCCCUCCUAAAUGACCCCAGAUGUGGCUCAUCGUGGCACUUAGCCUGACCAGGAAAAUCCUCGAAGUUCAACCAGACACACAAUGUGCAAACCAAUCUUUGGACACUGGAGUUCAUAAUUGAUCAAACUGUCACUUUAUUAACCUGUCAUUCCUGACAUGGAUGCACCUGCCAGCCUGGGAGGCAGCCUGGAAGCAGUGGCCGUGCCAGCCGCUGGAGGACCACCCAGAAGCCUGAAGACAGACGCUGCCCAGUCCUAGGCUGACUCUGCGGGCCUCGUGGCUUGGCUGCGCUUGUUCAGCCAACAGAUGGGGUGUCAGGAGCACAGGCCUGGGAUGGUGAAGAGCAGGUUCUUAGGGCCUCCAUCUUUACCUGCUGCAGCCCCACCCAGCUCCCACUGUCAUGCCCAUGCAUAGAUCCUGCCUCUGCACCUCUCUGUUGCAACCUGAGGCCCCGUGAGGUCUCUUUAGCACUUCCUGUGAGCAUGUUCAGAGAAGGGUGGAGCUUCAAGGUCGGGUCCUGCUCUAGAAGCGAAAGGAUGGGCGAGCCAGCUUUCUCUGAGUUUGACUUAAUUGGAAUGGGUUGUCCAUACUGAAGAGGUGGCAGCAUGAGGCCUCAGGCUGCAGGAGGGGUCAUCUUUCUGUGCGUUCAGGCCUAGGGUGCAGAUCUGGUCCUGAGGGAGACUAGUCCACAGUCCGAACCUCUGGCUUCACUGCUGUGUGGUGUGGCUGCCUCAGGGAGGAGGCUCCCAUGUGUGGAUAGGGUGCAGCCAUUGUUUAUGGGGUGCUGCUGUCUGUCCACUCAGCAUCUCUACAAGCAGCACCCCCUGCCAGUGCACAAGGUACCCCGUCCUGUGGAGGGUGGAAUUUCUACCUUUGGAGGAUAAUGCAUGAAGGCUUAUCUGUCUUGUUCUUGUUCAGUUAUUUGCUUAAAGUAGUUCUUCUCUUUGUAGCCUAGGCUGGCCACACUCAGGGCAAUCCUCCUGCUUCAGCACCCUGAGUUAUUAGGUAGCACAUGCAAGAUGCAGUUGCAGGCCUGGAGCCCAGUGGCCUCCCUGGGGCAGUGGGAUUGAGUUGACAAGAAGUCACGCUGUCCACCCGAGAUGUCAGCACACACACCUAUCAUGCUAAGCACUGGGCACACUGUGCUCUUGGCAGCCCAUUCCCCACCAUCACAGACCCAUACCUUUGACUUCCUUUCUCCUUAGGAUACUAUUGUGUAUUCAGGUUGUAAGACUAUAGACUCUGGUUCCCUUCUGUGUCGGCACUGCCAUGGUCCCCUCCAUCAAAUAAGCAUGAGGGGAGAUGGGACAUCAAAGUCGCAGAUGCCAGUGGGGAGUGCUGAGAACCGUAGCAAGCCCUCAGUCAUCUGAGUGAAUGCCGUGGCUGCCCUUGGGAAGCCUUUCUUAGAUAGAUGCCUGCUUAGGGUGCAGGAGGACCAUGGCUGGCUUACCUCCCACCAGACUCGGGAGCUCACCCUUGGCUGCUUGGCAUGCUGAUGUGUCUCUAGGCCACAGCCAUGUCUAAGGUAGGUCCACAUUUCCAGAGGAAAGAGCCUGAGCCUGGCUUGUCCCCUGCAGGAGUCUCCCCUGGGGCCAGCAGACUGGAAAUGAGACUGGAGUGGGAACAACAGGCAGGCCGGCUGGGACUCAGAGGAUCCCGUGCACCAGCACCUGGCACUGUACUGGUGGACUCUGACCCUGAGGAUCCGUUGGGUGCCAAGGAGCCACAGUCAGGAUAGGGGACAGAGGCAGUGUGAGCCAUUGCUCCCUCAGCCUCGCCCUCCCCCUAAGGUCAACAGUGUGUGAACAAGAGCACAGCUUAGAGAGAGUGGCUGCUGCAUGAUGGCCCCUGGCACUGCCCGCUGUGAAGGGGCACCUGCUUCUAGGUCACCUGGGCUCUGCAGAGCCUCUUGCACUCCUUUAGAUCAUGUUCUUUAGGAUGGCAGAUGUCCGCAUUGGGGCUUUGGGAAGAAGAGUUCAGGGUCAUCCACAGGGGCUCUGUACAGCAGCUUCGGGCAGCCACAGAGGCGGCCUCACACCGGGACUGAGCAUCUCCUAAGUCCCCGGCACUUUUCCUGUUCUGCCUGUUACAGAUGUGGGCUCUUUCCACUGUCACUUUCCACUUUUAUUAAAUGAAGUGUCGAUUCUGGACAAAGACAUUACAAGUGUUCUGUUCCUAGAAGACUAGAAAAAUUCUUUUCAGUGAGAAAGGGAUGUGUCUGUUGGGCUGAUUCCUUCCCUUCCUCAUGAGUUUUGAAUUGUCUAAGAAAUUGCUCAGUAGUUAAGCCAUCUCCACAAUUGUCAGACCAGAGUGCACAGCUAACCCAGCCAAUCUCCAGUUCUAACUUAGAAUAACAGAAUUGUAACCAUGGCCUCUGCAGGGCCACAGAAAGAGGGUGAAAUCUACGGCCAAAGUGGGGCUUGGUGUGUUGAGGCUGCUUGGCACUGAAGCGGCUCAGCCCUGCGUAGGACUACAGAUGUCCCUCUGGAUGGAAAAACAAAGGUGCCAGGGGAGAACUGCCUCCUUCUGGGAUGUUCCUUGUUAAGCUUUGCUCUGCUGUGUUACUCUGUCACCUUGCCCCCUGCGUGGUAAAUGGAGCCUCGUAAUAUAGUGCUGAGGUGACCUGGCACUGCGGGCACUGGCCAUGCUCUGGUUAUUUUGCAACAUAAUCAUUGAUUCUGAGUGUUUACCCUGACAACGGCUCCGGCAGGAGGGGAGCGCUUAUUAGCGGCCCUAGGCACUACAGUGCCCUGUGCUACCAAAUGGAACACCCAGUGUUCAGGUUUCUGGAGUCGCCAGGAGGAAGGGGAGUGGCUGGACUGGCCAUGGGCUGCUGGAAUGCAUCCAUCGCUCCUCUGGAUGGGGCUUGGGCAUCCCUGGCACUGGGGAGAGGCCAUGAGCUUGUGUGAGCUGCACUUCACUUCCCUAGGGUAAGGAAGAACCCCCUCCCCACCCCACCGUCUGCUCCUCCCUGUCCUUUCCUUGUCCUUCACUUUGAAAGAUGUACAGGAAUAAUGCUUGUUCCAGAAUAAGCUUCCAGUCCAGCAGUGGGCAGGCAGGGCACUGUGUGUUCCUCUUCUGUCCCCACCCCACCCCUGCUUUCCAACCUCUGCCGCUAGAGGUCAAACUGAGUGGGGCUUCUGGACAGAUAGUUCCUACCCCCAACCAAGGUCGCAAUCACCCCCUGUAACUUGUGAUUAAUGUCCCCUCAGUACCUUUCAUUUGCAGCUGGAAUAUUUAUAGCCCUGAGCAGUUAGCUGAGGUAGCGUGGUGGCUCGGAGCCACACACCUGUCCCUGCAGCUGUCUCCAGCCUCAGUCUUCCCAGUGACAGUGGGUGCUUACUACUUUAGAGGGUUCCCAGCCUAUUGAGGAGACCAGCACAGUGUAUACGCGUGAAAGUGGGGUACUAGCCAUGACUCCCAGGGGUUACAGCCAGAGAGAAGGUAUGGUCAAAGCUGGGCUGGAGAUGUAGAGUCCCACAGCCCCCGGUGGCUGCUUCAGGCUCUGGGUCUCAGGAUAGCCUUCCAAACUUGGCCUGAGAGCUAGGAAGCAUCUUGUUAGACUGGCCUGGGACUGGUGUCCCCAAGGCCACUUUAUACCUCCAUAGCUGUCCCCAGUGCCUGGAAAAGCAAAGUGACUGGCUUGGGUUUUGCCUUUGGAGUGAGGGUGGGUGACAGCACCCCAUAGGUGGCAAUGGGCAGUGCCCAUAAACCACUUAGACCAAAUUUGUGUGGACUGGAUUUUCCAGAGAAGCAGAGAAGAGGAACCACCUCCCCUCCAUGGCUACCAUUCCUGAGCCAGGGUCUCUUGAAGGUUAGACAAGGGAUCAUGCUAGUCCUGGGCAUGGUUCUCUGAGGAAGUUCCCAUGGCAGUGUUUGGAUUGUGACCCUGAGGUAGUGUGGCAUCCUCACUUGGCAAUCUGUGUUGCGACCCUCAGUUCACUGUGUGUGCAAUGCCACUGUGGGCUCACCGCAGAAAUAAAGCACUACUUCUAUGCCUGA